AGAACAGGUGAUGCUUCUAAAUUGUGAUCACUUUCUGGAGGCAGCGCUGCAGCUGGAAGGAUGCGAGCGACCUAGGACGGAGGCCCUGAGGCGGCAGAUCUGAACUUGCGCAGGAUAAAUAGCAAACUUUAACUACAUCAGCCCGCACCUCACGCGCGGAGCAAAGGACGGGUUAUCUCUUUUUACCGCCCCCCCCCCCCCCCCAAGAGAGACUCAAACUUCGGCUUUUGAUCCCCUUUCUUGGAUUGCUUUGGAGGAGACAUUUUGGUGUUUGGUGACAGCAUUGGGAACAGUAGGGACAGUGUUGUAACUCGUAUUUUUAAAGCGACAGUAGACCAGACUUUUUAAAUGUUUGGGAUUCAAGAUACUUUAGGAAGAGGACCAGCUCUGAAAGAGAAAUCGCUGGGUGCCGAGAUGGAUUCGGUCAGGUCCUGGGUCCGGAAUGUCGGCGUGGUGGACGCCAAUGUCGCGGCGCAGAGCGGAGUCGCCCUGUCCCGGGCCCACUUUGAGAAGCAGCCUCCCUCCAACUUGAGGAAAUCCAACUUCUUUCACUUCGUUCUGGCGCUCUAUGACAGGCAGGGGCAGCCGGUGGAGAUUGAGCGCACAGCCUUCGUUGAUUUUGUGGAGAACGACAAAGAACAAGGCAACGAGAAGACCAACAACGGUACCCACUAUAAGUUACAGCUCCUCUACAGCAAUGGCGUCCGCACGGAGCAGGACCUAUAUGUCAGGCUCAUCGACUCAGUCACCAAGCAGCCCAUAGCUUACGAGGGACAAAAUAAGAAUCCAGAAAUGUGCCGCGUUCUCCUGACCCAUGAAGUGAUGUGCAGUCGAUGUUGUGAGAAGAAAAGUUGUGGGAACAGAAAUGAGACUCCUUCAGACCCCGUCAUCAUCGACAGAUUCUUUCUAAAAUUUUUCCUCAAGUGCAAUCAGAAUUGUUUGAAAACAGCAGGAAACCCGAGGGACAUGAGAAGGUUUCAGGUUGUGUUGUCAACAACGGUGAACGUGGAUGGACAUGUGCUGGCUGUUUCCGACAACAUGUUUGUUCAUAACAACUCCAAGCAUGGCCGGCGAGCAAGAAGGCUGGACCCAUCAGAAGCUACCCCCUGCAUCAAAGCCAUUAGCCCAAGUGAAGGCUGGACCACAGGAGGAGCCAUGGUCAUCAUCAUUGGAGACAACUUCUUUGAUGGCCUCCAAGUGGUGUUUGGGACCAUGCUUGUAUGGAGUGAGCUAAUAACUCCUCAUGCCAUCAGAGUGCAGACCCCUCCUCGGCACAUCCCUGGAGUAGUGGAAGUGACAUUAUCUUAUAAAUCCAAACAGUUCUGCAAAGGAGCUCCAGGGAGGUUCAUUUACACAGCAUUAAAUGAACCCACCAUAGACUAUGGCUUUCAGAGACUCCAGAAGGUCAUCCCAAGGCAUCCUGGAGACCCGGAGAGAUUAGCUAAGGAGAUGCUAUUGAAAAGAGCUGCAGAUCUAGUGGAGGCCCUCUAUGGCACCCCACACAAUAACCAGGACAUCAUUCUGAAGCGAGCCGCAGACAUUGCGGAAGCCCUGUACAGCGUCCCCAGGAAUCCCAGCCAGAUCCCAGCUCUCUCCAGCUCCCCGGCUCACAGUGGCAUGAUGGGCAUCAAUUCAUAUGGCAGCCAGCUUGGGGUCAGCAUCUCAGAGUCAACACAGGGAAAUAAUCAAGGGUACAUCCGCAACACAAGCAGCAUCUCUCCGCGGGGCUACUCUUCCAGCUCCACCCCCCAGCAGUCUAACUACAGCACCUCCAGUAACAGUAUGAAUGGCUACAGCAACGUCCCCAUGGCCAACCUGGGCGUCCCAGGGUCACCAGGAUUUCUAAACGGCUCCCCCACAGGCUCCCCUUAUGGAAUCAUGUCAUCAAGUCCCACUGUUGGAUCUUCUAGCACGUCCUCCAUCCUCCCAUUUUCCUCUUCAGUUUUUCCUGCUGUCAAACAGAAGAGUGCCUUUGCCCCUGUCAUCAGGCCACAAGGCUCCCCUUCACCUGCCUGCUCCAGUGGAAAUGGAAAUGGAUUCAGAGCCAUGACCGGGCUUGUCGUGCCCCCAAUGUAAAGAAGAGGAAGAACUGCUUUCUGAUAGCACAAAACUACUUACUCUGAUGGACCAAUAAUGAAGAAAGCACUAGGAGCUCUUCGGGGAGAGUUGUGCCCCAGAAUGAACAUGACGGACAGAUUUGGGUAUGCAAGGACCUGCAUCUCACCUGGUCUCACGUUUCUCAUCUAGCUCUCAUGGUGGCUACACAAACUGACCCUCUUGGGGACAAGGACAAAAGAUGUCAUUGACGUAGUCAGUGCUAAGAGCAGAAAUGCAAUUCUUUGUUAUGAACAUUAUGAGAACCACCUUCCUAUGUUUGUAAAAUAUUUAAGAAAAAAAUUGGCAAACAAUUCAUGCUUAAUAUUUUGGAUACUAUUUGUUUUUCUUUGUAGGAAAAAAAAAAGUUGAAAGUUUCUAUUUUCUAUGAAGCCUUUCAGAUACCAAUUUAGUUUAUGCAGAAAAAAAAAUU